AUGGACUACUUCAAGUCGCUCUCGUCGGCCGCGUCCAGCGUGCUGUCAUCGGCAAAGUCUGGCCCCUUUCCAAACUACACGAUCGGACAAGAGCUCCUCGAGUACCGCUCGCAGACCAUCUGGUCCCUCUACCACGCAACAAAGCGCGACGACUCGACCCAGUGCACCGUCCUCGCCUUUGACGUAUCCCAGCCCCACAACGCCAACCGAUCCAACCUCCUGCCACUCGCAAAGAAUGCCGCAAGAAAACUCAGGACCGUCCGCCAUCCCAACGUCCUUCGCCUCCUCGACAGCGCAGAAACCUCGACGGCAAUCUACAUCGCCGUCGAAAAGGCCACCCCGCUCUCCCACCACCUCGCCCAGCAUCCUGACAAGCGCGCAUCGCCGCAGCAGCAGGACUGGAUCGUAUGGGGCCUCUCGUCCAUCGUCAACGCCGUCAAGUUUCUCCACAAGGAAGCCGCCUCGACCCAUGCAAACCUCCGCCCAGAGUCCAUCUUCCUCAGCAGCUCCGGAGAGUGGAAGCUCGCCGGCUUCGAGGCCCUCACGCCCCAUGCGGAAGGCGCCAGCGGCCUCCUCUUCACCCAUGCCCACCUCAUCCCCGACGGCGCCCGCUACGCCCCUCCAGAGGUCAAGCAGAACGGCUGGAACGUCCUCGCCUCGAUGGACUCGACGCUGCUCGACAGCUACUCGCUCGCCCUCGUCGCCAUCGAGGCCUUCAACGGAACCCUGCCACCGCAGAUUGGCAGCUCCCCGCCUCCUCGUGGCCAUGUACCCCAGCCCGUCUACGCCAUGCUGCAGCGCAUGCUCGUCCCCAACGCCAAAAACCGCCUCAGCGUCGAAAAGAUGCUCGAAGCCGGCGAGGCAGACGGCGGUUUCCUCAAGGAAAACACCCUCGUCAAGGUGGCGCGCGGCCUCGACGGCUUCCUCUUGUCCAGCGAAAACGAAAAGGCCGCCAUCAUCAAACUCCUCCGCGACAAGCCCGACUCGUUCAACCCAGAGUUCCUCACCUACAAGGUGCUGCCGGCGCUCGUCGGAGCUCUGAGCUACGCUCCGCCUCCAGGAACCGUACCUUCUGCCAGCACCCAGGCCUCGACUCUGCUGCCGCUCGUGCUGCGCCUGGCCCAGCCCCUAUCCGCCAGCGAGUGGAACGAGUCCAUGGUUCCGCCGCUGCUCAAGGCGUACACCUCACCAGACCGGUCGACGCGCAUGGCCCUGCUCGACAACCUGCCACUGUAUGCCGAGCGCCUCGAGAACAAGGUCGUCACCGACAAGGUCUGGCCCAACCUCGUCACCGGCUUCAACGACUCGGUGACCGUCAUCCGCGAGGCCACGCUCAAGGCCAUCCUCCCGCUGGCUCCCAAGCUCAGCGACCGCAUCCUCAACAACGACCUGCUCCGCCUUUUGGCGCGGAUGCAGGUCGACCCAGAGGCGGGGAUACGCACCAACACCACCAUUCUGCUGGGCAGGCUGGCGCCCCACCUCUCGCUCUCGACGCGCAAAAAGGUGCUCGUGCCCGCCUUCUCGCGCAGUCUCAAGGACAGCUUCGUCCACGCCCGCGUGGCCGGCCUCAUGGCCUUGAUGGCGACCGGCGACUCGUACGACCACGAAGACGCGGCGAGGCACAUCCUGCCCGCCGUCGCGCCCGGGCUGGUCGACAAAGAGAAGCUGGUGCGGGACCAGGCGGACAAGGCGGUCAAGAUGUUCCUCAGGGUCAUCGAGGAAGGCGUCAAAGGCAUGCCCGACACGGUGCUGACGCCGGAGCAGGCCGCGGGCAUCGAGGGCGUCGACGGCGCAUCAUCAUCGGCGGCGGCGCAGGCGGCAGCCUCGAUGGCCUCGACCGCCGGCAGCGCCGCCACUGCCCUGGCCGGCUGGGCCAUGUCAUCGGCGCUCUCGUCGUUCUCCAGCGCCGCGAACGGCGGGGGCGGCAGCGGCGGCACCAAGGUAGCGUCCGAGGUGACGCCGACUCCGGCGUACGACCUGCACUCCAGCAUGGACGGCCGCGUGACGCCCUCAGUCUCGACGCCGGCCCUGCCACCACCGCAGCUUGGUGCAUUGGGCGCCGCGCAAGACGCGAGGGCCUCGACUUCCAGCUCGAGGUCGUCGUCUGUCGCUGCAGCCUCGCCGUUCAACGAUGCGCUCGACUACGACUUUGACGAGGACCCGUCGGUCGCGCUGAAAAGGGGCAGUCAAAUCGGCGAGGUCGAGAAGGAUCUGAUCGACGUCAACGACGACACGGCCGACUGGUCGAGCUUCGAGAUCGGACAGCCGAAGACGAAGACGACCUCGAUCGGCAAGACGCGGAUGAAUCGGACGCCGGCGAACGCGGCCGCGCUGGCAGCAGCCGCCGCCCGGAAGAGCGCCGCGGCAGCAGGCGGAGCUCGAGGAGGCCGGCUGGGCGUCGUGCGGACCGCUUCGGGCAGCCACCUUGCCGCGCCGCCGCCCAGGCCGGCAGCAGCGACGGACAUCGACCCGCAGCGUGCGCUGUCCAGCUCCAGCCUCAAGGUGGCAGCGGCUGGGGCGGACGACGAGGCGUGGGGCGAGGCGUGGGACGACGGCGCCGACGCGACAAAGGCGGCGACGGCGGCGUCCACGAACAACAGCGACGCAGCGAUACCGGACCGCGAUGGCGGAGCGAGCAGCAUGACGGCGUCGCAAGAGCUGACCGCAAGCGCGUUCCAGGCGCCCGUGCCGCGCGAGGUGGCCAUGGCAAGCCCGGCGGCACAGCCAUCGACGCCGACCGGCGACGACGUCCAGCCGAUGCAAGAGACGUGGGCGUCGUUCGACGACGACAAUGACGACGAGGACGGGGUGGGCCACGAGGCGAAAAAGCAGCCGGCAUCGCCGGCCGCGGCGGCGCUGUCCAAGGAGGAGAAGAAGGCCGAGCUGGAGCGCAAGCGGCAGGAGAGGCGGAACCGCCUGGCGCAGCUCAAGGAGGAAAAGGAAAAGGCGCGGCUGAAGGCUUUGGGGCAGGCGUGA